UUGGACCCCCGAACAGAAUCAAAAACUUCAUUGCAAUGGAGAUGGAAUCAGGAAGGUGCUUGGAUGAUUGGAUAAAAAAUUUGUUAAAGAGGUCGGACAAUGUGUGUUUGAAAGGAUCAAUUUGUUCAAAGGUUCUCCACUCAGAAUUGGUAUCACUUCCUAAUUUGGAGAAGUUGGAAAUUGUGAAUGCAGAGAGUUUGAAGAUGAUAUGGAGCAAUAACGUGCCAAUUCUUAAUUCCUUUUCCAAACUCGAGGAAAUAACAAUUUGUUCAUGCAACAAUCUUCAAAAAGUAUUAUUUCCUUCAAAUAUGAUGGACAUUCUUACAUGCCUUAAAGUCUUAGAUAUUAGAGAUUGUGAAUUGUUGGAAGGGAUAUUUGAAGUGCAAGAGCCAAUUAGUGUUGUUGAGAGCAAUAAUGUACCCAUUCUUAAUUCCUUUUCCAAACUCGAGGAAAUAACAAUUUGGUCAUGCAACAAUCUUCAAAAAGUAUUAUUUCCUCCAAAUAUGAUGGACAUUCUUACAUGCCUUAAAGUCUUAGAUAUUAGAGAUUGUGAAUUGUUGGAAGGGAUAUUUGAAGUGCAAGAGCCAAUUAGUGUUGUUGAGAGCAAUAAUGUACCCAUUCUUAAUUCAUUUUCCAAACUCGAGGAAAUAAGAAUUUGUUCAUGCAACAAUCUUCAAAAAGUAUUAUUUCCUCCAAAUAUGAUGGGCAUUCUUACAUGCCUUAAAGUCUUAGAGAUUGAACAUUGUGAAUUGUUGGAAGGGAUAUUUGAAGUGCAAGAGCCAAUUAGUGUUGUUGAGAGCAAUAAUGUACCCAUUCUUAAUUCCUUUUCCAAACUCGAGGAAAUAAGAAUUUGUUCAUGCAACAAUCUUCAAAAAGUAUUAUUUCCUCCAAAUAUGAUGGGCAUUCUUACAUGCCUUAAAGUCUUAGAGAUUGAACAUUGUGAAUUGUUGGAAGGGAUAUUUGAAGUGCAAGAGCCAAUUAGUGUUGUUGAGAGCAAUAAUGUACCCAUUCUUAAUUCAUUUUCCAAACUCGAGGAAAUAAGAAUUUGUUCAUGCAACAAUCUUCAAAAAGUAUUAUUUCCUCCAAAUAUGAUGGGCAUUCUUACAUGCCUUAAAUUCUUAGAGAUUAAAAAUUGUGAAUUGUUGGAAGGGAUAUUUGAAGUGCAAGAGCCAAUUAGUGUUGUUGAAGCGAGUCCUAUCGUGCUCCAAAAUUUAAUUAGGUUGGAAUUAUAUAAUCUUCCAAACCUUGAGUACGUGUGGAGCAAAAAUCCUUGUGAGCUUCUGAGUUUGGAAAAUAUAAAAAGUUUGACCAUUGAGGAAUGUCCAAGACUUAGAAGAGAAUACUCAGUCAAAAUUCUCAAGCCACUUCAAUAUGUAAGCAUAGAUAUCAAACAAUUGAUGAAGGUUAUUGAGAAGGAAAAGUCAGCAGAUCAUAAUAUGUUGGAAUCAAAGCAAUGGGAGACUUCUUCUUCUUCUAAGGAUGGGGUUCUACGGCUGGGAGAUGGUUCUAAGUUGUUUCCAAAUCUUAAAAGUUUGAAGCUAUAUGGUUUUGUUGAUUAUAACUCAACCCAUUUACCAAUGGAAAUGUUGCAAAUCUUAUUCCAACUUAAACACUUUGAAUUGGAAGGAGCAUUUAUUGAAGAAAUUUUCCCCAGCAAUAUACUGAUUUCAAGCUCUAUGGAUUUACAGAGUUUGACUCUAUAUAAACUACCCAAGCUUAAGCAUUUGUGGAGUGAAGAAUGCUCACGAAACAAUAUCACCUCAGUUCUUCAACAUUUGAUUUUUCUAAGAAUUUCAGAUUGUGGAAGAUUGAGUAGUUUAACUUUAGUGUCAUCAUUAGUGUGUUUUACAAACUUGAAAAGUCUUGCGGUUUAUAAAUGUGAUAGACUAACCCAUUUGCUGAAUCCUUCGAUGGCUACAACGCUUGUGCAACUUCAAGAUUUGACAAUAAAUGAAUGCAAAAGAAUGAGAAGUGUAAUUGAGGAAGGAUCAACCGAAGAAGAUGGAAAUGAUGAAAUGGUUGUAUUCAACAACCUACAAGAUUUAUACAUUUUUAAUUGUUCCAACCUAACAAGCUUUUAUUGUGGGAGAUGCAUCAUUAAAUUUCCAUGUUUGAGGGAAGUAUACAUUUGGGACUGUCCUGAAAUGAAGGUCUUUUCGCUUGGAAUUGUAAGCACACCUCGAUUGAAAUAUGGAAAUUUUUAUUUAAAGAAUGAUUACGAUGAUGAACGGUGUCAUCCUAAAUAUCCCAAAGAUAUGUUGGUGGAAGAUAUGAAUGUCAUCACCAGAGAAUAUUGGGAGGAUAAUGUUGAUACCAGAAUUCCAAAUUUAUUUGCCGAACAGAGUUUGGAGGAAAACCGAUCUGAAAAUUCUUCUUCUUCAAAGAAUAAUGUUGAGAAAGAAUAAGGAAUUAUAUGGAUAUUGUUGUACACUACUUAAUAUAUCAUUUCAUCCACAAGGAAAAGUUCGAUUGGUCAGAGGUGGUGAACUUAUUGAACAACAAGGCAAUUGAGGAUCUUAUGGAGAUGGCACUUGUCAUGGUAAGGUCUCUUCAUUUACACUCAUCAUCAUUACAUGUCUAGGUAUGAUAAUGGAGAAUUAAUAGACAGAGAGUAAUAACCAGAGAUAUAGAAAAGAAUUUAUAAUGAACACAAAUGCAAUGAUAAACAAACAAGUAAACAUGCAAACAAAUCAAAUAGAAACAGAGUUAAUGGGAAAACUUAAUUUAUAAACAUUUCAAACAGCUGCUAAGAAACAUCCUAUUGAAAAACUUCCCUGUAACAAGACUUUUCAAAUUUCAAAAUGAAUGGAAACAAAUGCUAAACAUUGUAUUUUCUGUUAAAUUAAUGGACCCGUUAACUAAAGGGUUCUUGAACAGAAAAAAAGACAGAAAACAAAUGCUAGAAUCAUAUAAUUGAACAGACUACAGAGAAAGGUCAGAAACAAAAGCCCACUUUAAACUAAAUAAGUAUAACAGAAUUCUUCCAAAAUCUGGUAACUUAUAUCUAUAUCCCCCUGUUUUCAAGAGAAGAGAAAGGAAAAAGAAAAGCUAAAAAUGAAUCAAACAUAUCUAAACAAUUGUAGUGGGUGCAGACGGUAAUGCAAUAAUAAGAAUUUUAGUCUAAUAAAACAAAAAUUGUUUGGUAAACCGUUUGUUUUAUGAUUAUCUUGAUUUGUUUGGAAGUUGAGGUUAUCAAAUUAGAUUGGUUUCUUUUUGUUUUAUGAUACAUAU